CAAAAAAAUAAAUACGGUUUGGUUUCGCGAAGAAUCUCUUUCUCUUCUAUGUUCUCUGCAACUCCUCUCUGUAAUCUAAUUCCUCGGUUCUUCUCUUCCAUGAAUUACAGGGAUUUUCACAUGGGUUCCUUUUCUCUCUAAACCUAAUUUAUCUGUUUUUUUUUUCGGAAUUUUUUGGCUCACCAUCGUUGAACACAAAGUUGUCUUCAACUUUUUUUUGGCUCAGUCCUGACCAGAGAGCUUCAUUCUAUCGAUCAUCGGAUUUUUUUUGUUCUUCUAGGAUUUCUUGUUCUUGCCUCUGUUUAUUCUGUUUUCUGCAGUCUGUAUCUUCCUGAAAACUACCCCCUUCGUUUCUGGGUUCCUGGUUUAUUUGAGUUGUUAUUAUUAUUUUUUUAAAUUAUAAAACUUCAGAUUUUUCCUUUGAAACUCUCUAAUUGCAUCUCAUAUUCUUCCGCAACUUGUUCUAUUACCAGUUUUUUUGGCUCCAUUAAUUCUUAGCCUAUUUUUCAUCUUAUUCUUGGUAACUGUACGCUGCUGGUUCAGUUAUGGCUUCUCUCAAUUUGUCAGCUUCACUCCAGCCUUCUCAGUUCAAGCUAUCUUCCGUUUAUAUAGCUUCCAGAAGGCAAUUCCCUAGAGCUCUGAGCUUAAAACCAUAUAGGAUUAGUGAUAUUCGGGAUCUUUCUUUCUCACCUUUGCCGGAACAUCAGAGAACGUACGUACAGUCGAGGUUUCCUUCAAAAACUUGGGGGUGUUCCCUUGAUGGUUCUUGGGGUGUUAGGCGCCAUGAAAAGGAGUAUCAGAUUGUGUGCUUGGCCGCUGCUGCUGCAGAUGCAGAGGAUCACGAAGUUGCUUCUUCUAAAGUGGAAAAUUCUACACAGAAAUCAGCUUUGGUCACUGGCGGCUUUUUCUUCAUGUGGUACUUCUUGAAUGUAAUUUUCAAUAUACUGAACAAGAAGGUUUAUAACUAUUUUCCAUAUCCAUAUUUUGUCUCAGUCGUUCAUCUUAUGGUGGGGGUUGCUUAUUGCCUUGUCUGCUGGUCUGUUGGGCUGCCAAAACGCGCUCCAAUUGAUAAGGAGCUGUUUUUGCUUCUCACUCCUGUGGCGUUUUGUCAUGCAUUGGGACACGUUAUGACGAAUGUCUCAUUUGCCACUGUUGCCGUCUCUUUCACACACACUAUUAAAGCGUUGGAACCUUUCUUCAAUGCUGCUGCUUCUCAGUUUGUUUUGGGUCAUCAGAUCCCCUUUGCCCUUUGGUUAUCAUUGGCUCCUGUUGUUAUUGGUGUAUCUAUGGCUUCUCUUACGGAGCUUUCCUUCAACUGGACUGGGUUCAUUAGUGCAAUGGUUUCAAAUAUUGCAUUCACCUAUAGAAGUAUCUACUCAAAGAAGGCUAUGACUGGCAUGGACAGCACAAAUGUAUACGCUUACAUUUCGAUAAUUGCACUUCUGUUUUGCCUACCUCCUGCCAUAAUUAUUGAGGGGCCCCAACUGGCGCAGCAUGGUUUUGCUGAUGCAAUUGCAAAAGUGGGCCUUUAUAAGUUCCUCUCUGACCUAUUCUGGAUUGGCAUGUUCUAUCAUCUUUAUAACCAGGUCGCUACAAAUACUCUUGAACGAGUUGCGCCCCUCACACAUGCUGUUGGCAACGUGUUAAAGCGAGUGUUUGUGAUAGGAUUCUCCAUUGUGGCAUUUGGGAAUAAGAUCUCUACCCAGACGGGUAUUGGUACAGUGAUUGCAAUUGUAGGUGUCGCGCUCUAUUCUCUCAUUAAGGCAAACAUGGAGGAGCACAAAAAGACUUGAAGAAUUAGGAUCGAGAAUUGGGAGAUUCACAGCUUACUCUGCGUAUUUUGAAUGGGGAACUGUAUGGGGCAGUGAGAGUAGAGGCUCUGGUUUGAAGUUUUGUGAUGAAGAUAUUUGGUUCAAAGCAAUAAAGUAGAAGUCAUGAGAGCUUCUCGCUCAUGUAUUUUCAAGGCCAAAAAAUAUUCUUCAUAGAGAGAGAGAGAGAGAUGAAACAAUGUUGUAAUCAUAUAAUUCGAAUUUGAAUUUUAUGCAAGCAAUGCUAAUGGAGAUCUCACUCUCUCUCUCUUAAAUUUCAAAACAAUUGAUGUAUUUUAUCUUGUGCCUACAUGAGUAAAGUUUUUCUUAUUCAA